AUGAAGUCUGAAGUUCAACAGCUUCACCAUUUUUUAUCUGAAUUUGUGGAAUACAUAAAUCUCAAUCAAGAAUUUUCGUUUAGCGAUACAUUUGUUAUUGAUUUAUCUGUGUGGAGUCCAUUAAAUACAGCUGUUGACCAAUUACUUUCGAGCCCAGAAUCUGAAACAUUAAAAGAAGUUGAUAUCUUUAAACUUAUAAUGGCCAAAAUUUCUAGAAAAAGUUCUGCUUUAAAUUAUGCAGCUCAUAUUUUUCAUAAUUGGAAAAAAGAUACUCCUGCGGAAGUUGUAUUUGAACAUUCUAAAAUGUUAUUUGCUCAAGGAUUAUAUCAAGAAGCCAUAGUCCGUGUAUGUUCACUUUUGCGCGAUGAGCAACAUCCAUCCUGUGCAUUUUCUGAGGCUCUAAUUUUUCGUCAAAACGUGCUUUUAAAAUUGGCAAAAUGGCUACAACAUACAGAAUCUCAAUUAGACAGCGAGACUUUAUCUGAUUUACAUCUUAUUCUCGGAAAGUAUAUUGGUAGCCAAGGUUUGAAUGAAAAUAAUUUAGAACCAAAUUUAAUAAAUAGUAACCUGGUGGAAGCAUGCUUAUUUAGUGCAAUUAAUGAAGAAACUUCUACUGCGAAGGCUUGGUUUGCCUAUGCUUCAUAUCACUAUCAGCAUAGCCGACAAAUAGUUGAUGAAUUAGGCAGCUAUAAGUUAUCUAUUGACUUAUUGAACACUAUUAACAGAAAAAUUCAGCAAGUUUUAACUAAUGAUUGGAAAAUUUCAAAUGGUGAUAAUCUUACUGAUUGUGAUAUGAUAAUAAAACAUCUUCCCGUAGAACGUAUCGAAGAGUCUGAUAUAACAACCGCAACUCUAAGGAUUUUAAGAUUACUAGUGAAGCAUGGACUGCUUUUUGAAGAAUCGUUUGUCGAAGGGUUUAACAAUACUAAUAUUCGUUCAUGGGAAAAUAUAACACCGCAAUUGUUUUCGCGACUGGACCAUCCAGAACCUUUCGUUCAGCAGCAGCUUUGUAAACUUUUAUGUUCGAUUGCUUCUGUUUCGCCACAGCUCGUUGUAUAUCACACUGUUGCUGCCUCAAAUUCUAGUGGCACUAGCGACUUAAAUAAGCAACUACUCCAAAGAAUUGCUGACAGUCUUGAUAAUUCCAAUGGAACAUUGAUCAUAGAAAUUCGACGUGUGAUUGAAGAGUUACAACGCAUUACGGUCUUGUGGGAAGAGCUUUGGCUCAAUAAAAUAAGUGGUUUACAACUUGAUGUUAACAGACGAUUUCACAAAUUUGAACGCGAAUUCGAGAGAAUAAAUGAUAAUCUUAAUCUUUCUUCCGAACAACGUAAUAAAAUUAUGAAAGAAAGUUACGACGCUAUUAUGAAGCCAGUGAUUUUAUCUAUCGAUCGAUCAUACAAUAGUACUAUUGCUGCUGCUUCAACACAUCAUGAGAAAUGGUUUUGUCGGACUUUUGGUAAUCGUAUUCAUGAAGCCUUGGAAGCCCUACGUUCUCCAUUUUCAUGGGAAUCAUAUAAAACGGAUUUAUCGAAGGAAUUAAUGUCAAAUCGUUCAUUAAAGUUAGUUGAUGUUAGUCCAUUUUUGGCAACGAUAAAAUCUUCCGCAAUUGCCAUGCCAGGCUUACCAUAUCAUAUGGAUACAGUGACAAUCCAAUCAUUUGAUGAAAAUUUUAUUAUUCUACCCACAAAAACUAAGCCCAAAAAAUUAGUUCUUCUUGGGUCUGAUGGGCGACAGUAUGGCUACCUUUUCAAAGGCCAUGAAGAUCUUCAUCUUGACGAACGGAUUAUGCAACUAUUAAAAAUUACUAACGAUCUGCUCAAGAGGGAUAGGCAAACGAGCGCCCGGAAUUUACGUGCACGUAAUUAUGCUGUCAUCCCUUUAGGAAACCACUCGGGAAUGAUUCAGUGGGUAGAGAACGCUACUCAAAUAUUUGUACUUUACAAAAAGUGGCAACAUCGUGAACAUUUUGCCAAAGUCUUACAAAACAACACUGAUGAAUCAGUUGGAAACCCGCAGCGGCCUAGCGACAUGUAUUUUGAAAAGAUUGGCAAAGCUCUAAAAAAAGAAGGUUGGCCUGCUUCCACUUCGAGGCGUAAUUGGCCUCACUCUGUUCUCAAAUCGGUGUUUCUUGAAUUAGUAUCAGAAACACCUUCAGAUCUACUUGAAAAGGAGGUCUGGGCAUCUUGCUCAAGUCCAAAAGAAUGGUGGAUGAAAAGUACCUCUUUGUCACGUUCGCUUGCAGUCAUGUCCGUUAUCGGCUACAUAAUUGGUCUGGGAGAUCGUCACUUAGAUAAUAUUUUGAUAGACUUUGAGUGCGGGGAAGUUAUUCAUAUUGAUUAUAACGUGUGCUUUGAAAAAGGAAAGAAACUUCGAGUUCCUGAGACAAUCCCUUUUCGCCUUACACAAAACAUUGAAACUGUACUUGGAGUUACUGGAGUUGAAGGUGUCUUCAGAAUCGCGUGCGAAAAUGUCCUUAGUGUGUUGCGGGAAAAUAAAGAAAUGCUAAUUACAUUGCUCGAAGCAUUUGUAUAUGAUCCGUUAGUUGAUUGGCAUCAAGACGUAUCUGAAGACCGCGAAAAACAAAUUAUGGAAAUUGAAGAAAAUAUAGGAUUGAUUCCCCUUGAGAAUAAUCAAGGACAUAUUUCAAAUCUAUUAUCCGAAUUUCUCACAGUUUUCAAGCAUAUAUGCGAACAUUACAUGAAUUUAUAUAAUCAGCAGGCGGAAUUAUCUGAGCAACCGAGUCAAAGUCAUAAGAUCGAAAUUCGGGAAUCUGCAUUCAUUCACAGCCAAAUUGAAUUAGAAAGUCUAAAAUCUGCUCUCUCACAAAGAGCUAAUGAAUGCGCUCUGUGGCAUGCACAACACGAGAAAACUAUACAGUCUAUUCAAGGGCCUACUCUUCAGAUUAUUUAUAAUGAAAUUUUUUCAUCAAUGAAAAUUACUGAUGAUGAAAUAUUUGGUCGAACAUUGGCUAUUGCCACUGAACUUUUACAAUCAGUUCGAAUAAUUCUUAGUUUGCAACAUAAUUUUGUGAAUAUUAUAUUACCUAAAAUAUUUCUUUUAAUGCAUGGUUCACCACAAGCUUUUGAACCUUUUGCCGAAAUAUUACGUAACCUAUCUACAGAUACGUUCAAUUAUUGGGGAAUGAAGCAUCCAGAAUCUCAUUAUGCACUUAAAGAACACAGUCUACCUAAAGAUGGUCAAGAGAAUUUAAUUGAAGACUGCCUUAUUGAUAAUUAUACUGUUCAUAAACUUAAUGUGAUUAGAACCGGCAAUGAAGACAUAAACCUAACACUUGAUAAUUCACCCAUAAAUAAUCUUAUUUCACAAGGAUUGGUAUCUAAUGAUGAUAUCAGCGCUCAAAAACUUAAAAUCAAACAGUAUUCUUUCCACGGCUGCAAAAUAAAUCUACGAAAAACUCAAAUAGAAAUAGAACUACAACACCGCCAAAUGGAACUAAUGCGCUUCGAAUGGAUUAACGAAGCAUUGAUAGGUGACAACAACGUGAAUCGAUUUGUUUUGCUAGAAAAUCUUUUACAAGAAUUAGUCUCGCAAUAUAGGGUUAUUAACGCAGAAAUUGCGGAUUUCAUUGCCACUCAGAUUGUUAAUGAAAAUACAGGAGAACUAUUACGUUCAUUCGGUGAUGCAGUAGCAAAUCAGCAAAUGAUUUUUGCUCAAGAAUUUGAAAGGGUAAACUUAUGUAAUUCAAUAUUGCAUUUGGAAACCUUCCGCACAGUAACAGAUAAAACUGUAGCAAUGGAUGCAGAUACGCUUCAACUAGUUAAAAGACUCGACUCCAAGUUGAGCACUGCUAGUUCACAAUUGGAUAUCACGCAACAACUCUCAACAUUAAAGAUUGAUGAAUCUCUUGAUAUGGAUUUACUCAGAAACCUUGAAAAUAUUGCCAAGAAUCUUCGAACCAUAGUAGAAGAAGUUCGUAAUUUAAUUGGCGAAUUAUUCCCUCUUGUCGAACCUAUAGCAAAUUUUGAAAUGGAUACAACAGAUGACAGUGGCAAAGAUGCACGUUUAAAAGCGAAGUGGUCAAAAUUCGACUCGGAUUUUGAUACAGCUAUUAGUGGUGCUCUAGCAGUUGUUGAUCGGCGAUUCCAUCAGAAAAAUAAUUUUUCAGAGUCGGAUUACACAGUAAUGGUUGAAAACCUUCGUCGUGACAAUGAACGAGCUAUAUCAUAUCUAACUGAAACUAUUAUCAGGGUUUUUGAAAACCUAUUUACUUUAGGCGAAGUAUCUGGAACUAUUACUCAAAACGGAUCAUCUCAGAAAAUAUCCCCUGAAAACAUUGAGAAUAAGAAUUCUAGUGAUUUUGCUCAAGCAAACACCGGAACGGAGGAUAUUUCAAAAAAUACUAUCGCUGGGCAGGCUUUAUUACCAAGUAACGAAGAGACUAUGGAAAGCUGGGAUGUUCCUAUGCAACAAGAUUUUGAAUCUACGACCAAAAUGACCGUUCAGGAACAGAUUGAUAAAAUUAUUCAACAAUCACUUGACAUAGACAAUUUAUGUGUGAUGUAUGAAGGAUGGACGCCUUGGAUUUAA